GCAUUAUUGCUGGUGCGAGUGCAAUUUGCAGUUUCUUGUAUUCCUAUCUCUGAUUAUUUACAAAGAAAAGAGAAUUAGAGAAGAAAAAGAAGAGAGUGGAAGAAGAAGAAGAAGAAGAGAAGAAAUGAAGAAGUGCGAGCUAUGUGGAGAGGGAGCCAGAAUGUACUGCGAGUCGGACCAGGCGAGCUUGUGCUGGGACUGCGACGAAAAGGUUCACUGCGCCAACUUCCUGGUGGCGAAACACACUAGGUGUCUCCUCUGCCACGCCUGCCAAUCUCUCACGCCUUGGAAAGCCUCCGGACCUAAGCUCGGACAUACAGUCUCUGUUUGCGAUGCCUGCGUCUCUCUUCACUCUAAUAACACCCAGCAACACCAACAACAACAACAACAACAAGUGGACAAUCAAAGCCAAGAAGCGAACAGUCACGACUACGAUCAGGACGAUGAUGCAGAAUCUUCCGAAAGUUUUAAGGACGGCGAUGAGGACGAGGAGGAUGAGGAGGAAGAGGACUAUGUUGAUGAUGAGGAUGAUGCGGAGAAUCAGGUGGUUCCUUGGUCUGGUAACUCAACAUCGUCCCCGCCGCCUCCUGUGUUGAGCUCGUCUUCUUCGAUGAGCAGCAGCGAGGAAUUGUUUUCGCGUGGUGUUGUGCUGAACAAGAGAAUUAGAAAUAAUCCCGAUCUCCUGUACUCUGAUGAUGAGAUGGGAUGCUCCUCGUCACAAGUUGCCGGUGACGAUGUUACGUAUUUCAGACCGCUGAAGCAGAAGAGGACAACGGAGCCGAACCGAUCAGCAGGAGGCCAAGAUCACGCCGAAACAGAAUCGACAUCAACGGCUGCCAUUACCUCACUCAAGAGGCUACAAAAACAGAUUAUCGCAGACGGUGAGGGCGCAUCAACAGUGAUUCUUGGGAUCUGCAACCCGAGCAGAGAUCAAAGCCGUUGAUUUCAUUCUUCACUAACAUCUCCUCUUUCACUGCUUCUAACAAUACAAAUCCGCGGUAGUUUUUCCUCCUCCCCCCCCGGUAAUUUUUCUAAUACGAUUAAAUAUCAAUCUAUUACUUCUACUAGUAAUUAUCUGUUUCUAACUAAUAUUUUAGUCAAAGCUACGUGUAAAUCAACGAAUUUGCUUCCGUGCUGCAAUUGCGUGUGUUGAUUAUUAUUAGCAUAGAUUUUUAAUAGUUAAUCUGGAUAUUAAUAUGAUUAAAGUAUUAAAA